UGCAAAGCAGCUCGUCACUGAACUCGGCGAGUUAAACCGGCGGUCCCACGGUGGCUCUGCGGCUUCGACAAAGGCAUUGCCAGACUGGUCUAGAGCAAGAACAGUGGCUCGUGAUUCUAGGACUUGAUCAUUCUUCAUAAAGAGUUAUAUCGCCUUUCUUCAAAUUCCCCUUUGAUCUUUUUCCUUCUUUUCCCUCUAUUUCGACUGUUACUUGCUUCAAGUUCAUUGUUUGUUCAAGAACAUUUUUAGCUUUAUUAAUGCGUUUAAGGAUCCUUCAAAAUGCCGAUCGAGGCUUUACAUGAAAGCUGUAGGAAGCUUUCUGUCUCGUCGGCAUCUGAAUGAGAAGUGCAUUAUAGUUGGUUUACGAGGCUGAACUUGGUUAACCCUUGGGAGUUGCAGCCGCUUCAGUUUUCCUAUUAGAAUUUAUUAAUCUCACUAUUUAUUUUUGUCACCUAGCAUGAUCGGGUUCUAGUUUUUCUUUUCUGUGCCUUUUGUUGGAAUGAUCAGCUUUAUCUCGAAACUGUCCUGUUUACUCAUCCUUGAACUUGAACUGCAGUGGUUUUGACUUCCCUUGUGCUUACAUGGUAGAUUUGAAGACGUAUAAAUUGCUCUGGAAAGGGAUUAAUUUAGAUGAUGUGCUUUUAAAAAUUGAUCUAAUUAUGAAUGCCUCUUUGAAUCCAGGAAGUAUUUCACCGAUGAGAGCAUCAUUUUUAUCAUAAUUGUUUGCUUCUCUGAAAUUUAAUUUUGAACCUCUUUGUUUUGGAUAACAUCCAUAUGGGUUUUCUUUACUCUUCUUUAUCUUAGGGAAGCAAGAGAUGAGCAGCAAGGUAGAAGCCUGUCCAGAAUGCACCCAAAGAUGCUUACGUUUUCAUAGAAAGACAGGGAAUUCAUCAUCUGUUACGUCGUUCUUCAAAGUUAUGUUUGGGGAUCGCUUUUCUGAAGUUGUGUUCUUCCCACCUAUUUUUGCAUCUACCGUGUCGAAGUUGGUUAAUAAAAAGGUUGUUCUUGAGGAUUCUCUUGGACAACAAUGGAAGGUAACAGUAUCCAAUUGCGAAGGAUCUCUUGCUUUUCAAGAAGGGUGGAGUGCUUUUUCAUCAGAGCAUAGCUUAGAAAUUGGAGAUUUUGUGAUCUUCAAUCACAUCAUGGACUUGCACUUCAAUGUUAGUAUCUACACUAAAACUGGUUGUGAAAAAGUAUGGUUUGCUGAAAAAAGCUAUACGAGGAAAAGAAUUAGAAGUACCUGUCCUGUACUUGAGAUAACUAAUGAAGGUUUGUCAAAUCCACAAGCUUCAAGACCCUCUGUGGGUUCUGGAUCCAAUGUGACACUAUCUCAAGAUAAAUUUCACGUGGCUGGUUAUCGAAACAUGAAUGUAUACCAGGGUAAAAGGCAAAAGUACCAGAGCAACGAUGAAUGGCAUGGACCUUUAGACAUUGUUGAUGAUUUGUAUUGUUUAAUCGACAGGAACAAGGAUGUAGGACCGGAGGAAAACAGAAGCCCCUUAUUUAACUUGUUUUCCAUGGAAAUGCAGAUGGUCAAUUCCUGCAUCAAUGAGAAUUCCACAAAUAAAGCUGCUCAGGAUGAGAUAAACCCGAACUGUGCUUCCUCAUCUCCGAAUACUAUAAUCAGUGUCGGCCCAGUUAACAGUGUUCCAGUAGAUAUAAGAGGAGACAUGGAAGUAUUGCCUUCAAAUGUAUCUGCUAACAAGAUAAAUGAUAAAAGACAGUGUUUUGAGGAGGCUGACAUAAAGAUGAGUGUCUCUGAUAAAGAUCCUUGCCACGACAGGACUAUAGAGGUUCCUUUUAUUUCAUCUGCAACAAAUUCCGAUCGAAACGGGGAGCCUUUUUGUGACAUGCCAUUAAAAAUCAUAAGAGACUACCAGAAUGUACCAGCAAUGUGCAACACAGUAUCGACAAUUACAAGACAUGAUCAGGGGUCUAGUGUGAAACAGGAGUACCCUCCAAAUUCCUUGAAGGUUAAAAAAUGGGACGAGAAAAAGAUCAUUAAAAUGGAACCAUUGGAAAUCAAAACAGAAGUGAACAACUGCGGAGACUUCAUUGAACAAAUAUUGGAGCCAAAAGUCAUUAAGGAGGAGUUCCUUGAAACGUCUAACCAAAGUGGUAGAGAAAUUAAUGAUACAACUGAUAAUGCAGACCCGAUUGGAACUCCAGCCCGUAUCUCCUGUGUAGUGGCUAAAGAUACUCUAUCCUUUCUGGAGCUGCCGAUGACUUUUCACCUACCAUGUUCGAGAGGUCGAAAAAAUCCAGAGAAUAAGAAGGUAGUGUUUCUGCGGGAUCCCAGUAAGAGAUUGUGGCCAAUUCUUUACCAUGAGAUGCCUAAUGUUCAAGUUCUAACAAGUGGGUGGGAAGCUUUUUGCUGUGCAAAUAGAAUCAAAUCUGGGGACGAGUGUUUGUUUCAUGUCAAGGACGACCUCGAACGUGAAUACAACGUUAGCAUUAGGAAAUGUAAAAACUAGCUGAUUACAUAAUUCUAGAACUCUUUACUUUUGGGUUUCCUGCUCAAAUCUCUUGGAAAAAAAGAGCACAGGUCUCAAAAAGUUUGGUGAAAAUCAUAUUGAUUACCAUAUUUGCUAGACAUUUUCUUUC